AUGAACAAUCGUUUGCUGGUCACUGCGGAUAAUUUGAACAGUUUGUAUUACAUUCAACUCGCUCCGUUUCCGAAUACCGUCACUUGUAAUAUCUCGUCUGAGUCACCAGACGGUUGGACAACCGGUGUUUGGAAUUCGUCGUGUGAUUUUAUCUACAGUUUAGUUGUACCUAAAUAUCAUCCGUCUAAUGACGUUCCCUAUUUUGUUUACAAUUGCAUCGAUCAAUUUGGUAACAAUAUGAUAGGUCUCUAUGCCGAUAUAAGUAAUAAUAAUACGUGUAUUUUUAAAUUGAAAAACAAUGCAGUUGUGCCGGGAAAUUAUUCGACACAAAAUAAUUUUAUAUUGUGCAUGGAACCUAACGGAAGUGGAGUUUAUGGAUUUGCUGAUGACUUUAUUUUCUAUUACAAUCUCUCAUCGUUUCAACUCUCUGUUCUAAAUUUCACUACCUUUGGCCUGUCACCUCGUGCUUGUGAUAUGAUCAUGUCUGGAAGUUCUACCUUUGCACUCGUUGCUGGCUAUGUACAGACGUACGAUUGGAGCGCUGAAGAAAUGGUCUUUUUAUUCAGUCUGAAUCCACCAUUGGUCGAUUUACCUAAACUCAUUGAUGUUUUUAAUAUACCUCGAGUACUUCACUUUCCAUUUGGCGAUCCACGAAGAAAUCGCCUGGUGGCCCAGAGUCGAGAUUAUGUGCCACAGAACAGUCUUUCGGUUAGCAUUGCUUCGCGUACUGGUCAAAUUCUCAUCGGGAUUCAAUCGCUUAACACUGUCCUAUUGCUCAUUCUUGACAAUGCAACUAAUCCAACUGGUUUCCUGAACAAUUCAUCAUCUAUUCAUUCGAAACAAAAUGGCGUUGUCAUGGGCUACGGUAAGAGUGUAGCUUGGCUCGAUAACGAAGGACAAACGGCUGCUAUUUUGGCUAAUACUUACGCAUAUUUCGCCUAUGAGUGGAUCUCAUCAUCAAUACAUGUGUAUGAGAUCGAUGUAGAUAGUUUCAAUGAUUCACUUGAGCCGUUAACUAUUUAUCCAAAUAGUGAACAGGUACUACAACCUCAAUUGAGUCCUUCAUUUAUAUAUUUCGUCUCAUCAUCGGGUCACGUUGCCUUAUUAGAUAAUCUAGGAACUCCAUUUGUGCUUCUCUCGGCCCCAUUCGGUGCCUAUCCGACUACAUCAACAUCGGGCUCAUUUUCUGUCAAGGCACCGUGUAUUCGUGGCACUUACAAUAAUCAUUAUGGGAUUGAACUGUGUACCCCAUGCUCAAAUGGAACAUACAGUUCAAGGGGUGCUAUUAACUGUUCCGCAUGUGACUCGAACGUCAGUUCGUUUUGUCCAUUUGGAGCCGUUGCUCAACUCUUCUAUGCCGAUCUCAAGAGCAUUGUACCUCAACAAGACUAUCCCGAGUCACCUGAGCUUACUAUCUUCAGCGAUAUACUCUUGCAAAACAUGUUUACAUUGAAUCACGAAUCGAAUCAUUGUCGCAUUGUAUCACCACUUACGUGGGUGAUAUUCGUCGUUGGACUUGUCGUGAUUAUACUCAUUAUCAUGGGCAUAUCGGCCUUUUAUCCACGCAGUCAUUUGCACCGAAAUCGAGUCAAAGUUAUUUUCAAACAUAUAGAUCUUAUUGGUGAAGGUGAACUGUGGAUCGGUGGUCUUGUAUCAAUAGCGAUUAUUAUUCUUCUUACUUUUGCCUAUUUAUUUUCACAUGCCUAUUAUUAUCGAUAUCCUAUUGAACAAGUAGGCUCAAAUCCAUGGUUUGGCUGCCAGAACGACAUGAGAAAUUCCAAAUUUAGUUCAUCCAUGCAAAUGAUGGGACUUCAACGAAUAACAAAGGAGAAUGAUGAUAUUUUCGAUAUGCUCGAUAGACAACCGUUUACACUUAAUAUUGAUUUUAUCAAUACGGCUUUUACAUGCAACGAUUCAAUAGUAGUGCAACGUCUCUUUGCCUAUACAUUAAUGUCUCUUCCUAUUACGUCGUGCUACUCGACUAAAAAUGAAAGUAUUAUUUCUCUAGUCAUUCCAUUACCUAGUCACGAAAUCUAUCUACAAUUAAUACUACCUGGGGUGCGAACGGUUGGUGCUAUACGGUUAGGACUCACAGGACCGGGCAAUACCAGUGAUGAUGAAAGAUCGACGCUUCGCGAACUCAAUUUUGCUUCGUUGUACGAACCACUCCUAAACAAUCAAGUUUUGGCUCCAUCGAUCAAUUUCUUAAUUCGAAUGACUCGAAUUGUUAAUCAAACAACUCCUCUGAUUGCCUCCGAUCCAAUCAUAUUCGGUGCCAUGUGGUCAUAUGCAUUUGAUACAAAAGCAGAUGAACUAUUUAUUACCGAAACUCAAUAUACGUUCUAUAAACGUCAAAAGACUCUUAUCAAUAUCACUUUAUCCAAUACUGCAUAUUUUAUAAGCAAUUUACAAGAACCAAUUGUGAAAUAUAAUGAUCUCAUUUUUCAUAAUCUACUCUUUACUAUUGUCGUACUUGAAUUAUUCGGACUUUUACUUCUUGUUUUCAAAAUUUUAAUUGUACCAGUAUUUCGAAUAAGCAUCGCUCGGAUAUCAAAACAGACGCAUCGAGACAGAAGUGACACUGACCAAUUAACAUCUGUAGCAGUCACUGGAGGUCAAGGUGCGGUGAUUCAUCGUAAAACACGGCCAUCAAACGACGAUGCUGAGCAGCCGUCAAGAGCCACUAUCAGACAUCACAAUUUUUGA